GGGCAGGCGAAUCAACACAUUUAAAGAUGUUGAUAUUGAUAUAGAGAAAGCUAUGACAGCUGAUAUAACAACAAAGGCAGAUCGUAUAGUAAAAGCAGGUAAAUCUGAAAUGGUGGUAGCUACGCUAAUUGCAACAGUAUCUUUCACUUCAGCUUUGGCAUUACCAGGUGGAUUCAAUCAAAACCCUGGUACAAACUUUGGUAUGGCUGUGCUUAAAAGUAAAGCAUCCUUCAGAGCAUUUUUAGUUUCAGACAUCAUUGCCUUUUCAUGCUCUACUUCUGCAAUACUCUUGUGCACCUUAAUUGCAGAUGCUUUAUCGACAAGGCGAAAUAUGCAACGCUUGUUCUGGGCUAGACUACUCACAGUAAUUUCAUUGGGUGCUAUGGGGAUAGCACUAAUGACGGGUGUGUGCGCCGUGUUAUCUCAUUCCUCCGCCCUUGUAAUUACUAUUUGGGUCAUCUCUGUGGUUUUCUUCGUCUGCUAUAUCCCUUUCCUUAUCUCAGUUGUUGGUAUUGUAGUACGACGUUAUAUGAAGUGUGUUUUAAGGAGUCGUGAGAUGCUGCAUGGGUUGCAGGAUGCAAAUUCUGGUAAUUUCCAAGAUAUUGCAGGAAUUAUUAUGGUGUGCUCGUCUUUGAUCACCCGUCAUUUAUAAGUUUUCUUUGUACAAUGUGUUCAAAUAAAGCCCUGUUCUUGUAAAAUUAGUUUUGACGAGUAAAAUUUAUUUCUAAUGUUAAAUGUGCUAUAAUAUGAAAUUGAUUUA